UACCCCAAUCUACAUUGUCUUCCAUUUUAGAAGACGUCGCUACCGCUUUGAUCGACUUGUAGUUCGAAUAACUCAACAUUUUUAACCAUUUUUUUAGAUUCUGCAAGAGCAAAAAAGGCAGACCCGUAAUGUAGAGAAGGUGAAUUUGCUGGUUUCUCAAAUACGUGAUUUGCAAGGGCAACUUGUCCGUGGAGUUCCACAGACAAAUGGGUUUAUACAAGCGACAGAAGCCGAAUUUGAUGGCGAGGAAGACGGUGAAGAUAUAGGAUAUGAGCAUAUCGAGGGUGAUGAUGCGGUCUGUUUUGAGGUUGAGGUGGAAAGCACUGAAAGUCCUGAUAAAUCGCGAGAGCCGAUGUCCACUGAGCAUUACGAAGAUCUUGCUUUCGAGACUGAACCUUAUGAGGAGGUUGUUACUGCGGGUUAUGAGUAUUGCUAA